AACAAAUCUCAGUUUUGCCAGGAUCAUGUCACAAGAUAAAACAGACCUGCCUUACAGAUGUAGUAUCUAAGCCAGACAGAAUUAACUAAGUCAUUGGAAAGGUAUAAAAGUGAUCCUGAUGAAGAUACCUGAUCAGUAUUCUAUAUUUUUUAGGCAUAAGACAAAAAAUUACAUCAACAUAAACCAAAAAGUUAACAUAUUUUAAAAUAUAAGACAUACACAUAUCAUGCUACAGACAUUUUGGUAGGAAAUCAAUAGCAACAGCAGCGAUAUUAGAAACUAGGAUAACCUUUAAAGUGCUCUCUUAACAAACAUGCACAGUCAUGAAGAGGAAAUGCUGUUGGUUCUAAUAGCUGGAGUAUUUCUAAUAGGAGUUCUAGGGAAUGGAUUCAUGGCACUGGUGAACUGUAUUGACUGGGCCAAGAGAAAGAAACUAUCAGCAGUUGAUCUCAUCCGGGUUGUCCUGGCCAUCUCCAGAAUUAGUCUGUUGUGCACAAUGAAAUGGAAGAGCUUUCUAGUCAUUUUUUUUCAGAAUGGAUUAAUUGAGGAUCAAAGGACUGUGGAUUUCUUAUGGGCAACUUCCCACAUUUCAAGUAUUUGGUUUGCCACUUGCCUUAGCAUUUUCUACUUCCUCAGGAUUGCCAACUUCUCCCAUCCUUAUUUCUUCUGGUUGAAGUGGAGAAUCAAGCAAGUGGUCUGCACACUUCUGGUGGGGCCCCUUUUCCUCUCCUUGAUCAGUGAAUUUCUACUAUUGGAGAAAAUGUACUAUAAUAGAAGCUUUAACGGUAGAAAUGAGAGAAAUGAAUCUCAAGAGGUCCAAGUGAAUAAAAAACAAUACUUUAUUACACAGAUUGGAAUAAACUUUCUAAAUAUUCCUCCCUUCUUUCUGUCUGUUGUAUCUUGUUUCCUGCUACUCCUGUCCUUGUGGAAGCACACCCAGAGAAUGCAGUCCAAGAUCAAUGCCUCCAGAGACCCCAGUACAAUGGCCCACAUUCGAGCCAUGAAAGCCACACUCUUCUUUCUCAUUCUCUUGAUACUCUAUUAUAUAGGCAUCUACAUCACUUUCAAAAACUUCUCAACAUUAAGCUCCAUUUUUGGUGUUGUAAUAAUGGCCUUUUAUCCCUCAGGACACACAAUGAUACUUAUUUUAUGGAAUAGCAAGCUGAGACUCACUGCCCUAUUGGUGUGGGGGCAAAUGAAAUGCUAUCUCAGAGGCAUCCUGGGAAGAUGGUAGAAAAUGUAAGGCUUUCCAGAUUUCCUCCACAGACAGAAAAUCACCAUGAAAUAAAGACAGAGUAGCAAAAAUUGAGGGGUAAAAUAGUUGUCCUCCUAAAUCAUUUUGAAAGAACCUCAGAGAAGACUCCAGGAGCUGAAGGUUGUAUAAAAUAUAAACACCUCCUGACUGACACCAUCAACAAAUAAUAGGUUUUGAAUGAAACAGAUUAGACCUCAAAAAUUUUCAUCUCAUUCAUUUUUACCUCACAAACUUUCAUCUAAAGAACAGCAGACUAUCUGAGGGAAGAUUGAAGUUUCCCCUGCUAUUUCUCAGACCAGAACUAGCCACGCUGACCAGACAUGAUUUUCUGGAUGUAUCUAUGCGUAAGGAAGAUUUAUCAUAUGCCCAGUGAGUAAUUAUUCUACAAGGAGCAAGAACAUUUUGGGUACAAUGUAGCUAGGAUUUAAAGGAGGAAGAGAGGAGUCUCUGAAAUUAAGCCCCGGAUGGAUUUCAGAAAACAAUUAUUAAAAGGACUAAGGCAACAUUACCCACAACUUAGUAUUAAAACUUGACGAUAAUAUUAAGCUGCUAAAAACAAAAUAAGUUAAAAAUAAAAAUGAGUAAACAAAGGGAAAAGAAUCUAACCAUUGAUAGCUACUUUGGUGUAAAAGAAGAUCUGGAU